UGGCUGUCGUCUGCUCAUUCUGCCUGUCGGGUCUGCCCUUUGCCGGUUGCGCUGCCUCGAAUUCCGUCCUGUCCCCUUUCUAUCGACAGGCCCUCUCCUCUCUCUGCUGAUGGGAUGCGCUGUGCAGCCGGCACGCUUGCAGUCGCCUCGAGCUGAAUUCCUCAUGAUGGCCACGACUCCUUUCUCCGAGUUGCUCUCAAACUCGUUUUCGGCCGAUGCGAAUCUGCGUGUUUCGGCAACCGCUGCCCUGGAGGCUGCCUCAAGGGACUCCUAUCCCCAGUACAUGGGUGCCCUGGUCCAAGAACUCUCGAGUGAACAAACCGAUGUUACUAUCCGUACCGCUGCCGGUAUUGCCCUAAAGAACCAAUUUACUGCCAAGGAUGCUCGCACCUACGAUCAGCUCGUCGCCAAAUGGACCAGCCUGGAUGCCACCCUGCAGGGUCAAAUCAAGCACAUUCUGCUCGUCACUCUGGGCUCGCCCGAGCGCCGUGCUGGUCACACAUCCGCCCAAGUCAUUGCUGCCAUCGCCAACAUCGAUCUCCCCCGGGGACAGUGGUCCGACUUGAUCAACAACCUCCUCUCCUUUGUUGCCACCGCCGGUGCUGACACCAACAAGAAGAUCUCGUCGCUGGAGGCCAUUGGUUUCGUGUGUGAGACGAUCAACCCCGAUGUCCUGCAAAGCCAGUCCAACGCCAUUCUCACGGCCAUCGCCCAAGGCGCGCACAAGAACGAGCCCAACGAGGAUGUUCGUCUGGCUGCCAUGAACGCCCUGCUAAACGCUCUCGACUUUGUCCGCGAGAACUUUGAGAAGGAGUCCGAGCGAAACUACUUGAUGCAGAUCGUGUGCGAGUCGACACAGAGCACAUACGACAAGGUCCAGGUCGUGGCUUUUGAGUGCUUGGUCAAGAUCGUCAACACCUACUACGACAAGAUGCAGCUGUAUAUGCAGCAGGCUCUCAUUGGACUGACGCUCAAUGGAAUGAAGCACGAGAACGAGAAUAUUGCCCUGCAGGCCAUCGAGUUCUGGUCAUCGGUCUGUGAAGUCGAGUGGAGCAUCAUGUACGAAAACGACUUGGACUACGAGGACCCGAGCGACGAAAUCAAGCGCCACAACUUUGGCUUUGGUGCCCAGGCCACCCCCCAGCUCGUCCCCAUCCUGCUGUUUUUGAUGACCAAGAAGGACGAAGACGAUGAUGAAGACGAGUGGAACGUCAGCAUGGCUGCCUCCACCUGUCUGUCUCAGCUGGCCCUGAACGCCGGCGACCUCAUUGUCUCGCCCGUCAUUCCCUUCGUCGAGGCACACAUCACCAGCAACGAUUGGUGCUACCGGGACGCCGCUGUCAUGGCCUUUGGCUCGAUCGUCGACGGUCCUCGCCCCGAGAUGAUCAGCCCUCUCGCCCUCUCGGCCCUUCCCAUCCUGAUCCGCCUCGUCAAGGAAGACCCCUCCGUGCAAGUCCGUGACUCUGCUGGCUGGGCUCUCGGCCGCAUCCUCGAGGCUCUCAGCGAUAGCAUUUCCGCGAACCCCGCCAACAUCCAACAGAUCGCCGAGUCUCUCAUGGUUGGCCUCAACUCGAACGAGAGCCGUGUCUCUGCCAGCUGUGCCUGGUCCCUGAUCAUGCUUGCCGAGACCAACCAGCGAUCCCCUGAGGACCCCACAUAUGUCCUCUCUUCCUUCUUCGAGCCGCUGAUCAACGGCCUUGUUGCCGUUGGCGAGAGACCCGGCGUCGACAGCAAUCUCCGUGCCUCUGUCUACGAGGCCCUCAGCAACUUUGUCGAGCACUGCCCUGCCGACUGCGAGGAGUCUGUCAAGAACCUCACCACCGGCAUCCUUGGCCGCCUGCAGAUCACCCUCGGCAUGCAAACCUCCAACGAUGCCAACGCCCUGCAGCCCCACGAGAUGCAAUCGCACCUCUGCAACACCCUGACGGCCUGCGUUCGCCGUCUGGGCAAUGGCGUCCGCCCCAUCGCCGACUCGAUCAUGCAGCUCAUGCUCCAGAUCGGAAGCCAGACCAAGAUCUCCUCUGUCAUCGAGGACAUCUUCUUUACUGCUGGAGCCGUCAGCGUUGCGAUUGAGGCGGAUUUCAUUCGCUACAUGGACCACCUGACUCCCCUCAUCCUUAGCGCCCUCUCAAACGUCGAGGACGUCUCUGUCUGCCGAUUUGCCAUCGGCUUGAUCGGUGAUGCUGCCCGUGCUCUGGGCCAGCAGCUUACUCCCUACGUCGCCGCCAUCAUGACCGCCCUGCUGAGUGCUCUGCAGAACGAUCAUCUCGACCGCGAUAUCAAACCCGAGAUCCUCUCGCUCUUUGGCGAUCUGGCUAUGGAAGUUCCUCUCGCUGUUGAGCCUUACUUGUCGCAUAUUCUCCAGUUCCUGUCGCUUGCCUACCAGAGCUGUAUCCACAUUGAUGGCAACGAUUACGACUACCUUGCUGGCCUCCGCAACAGCAUCCUGGAAAGCUUCACCGGCAUUCUGCAUGGCCUCAAGGCCACCGACAAGGCUGCCCUCAUGCUCCCUCAGAUGCCUCAGCUCUUUGCCUUUGUCCAGAGCAUCUACGAAGAUCCCUCGCGCGGUGUUGAUGUCACCAAGACCAUCAUUGGCUUCCUUGGUGACAUUGCCUCGGCCUAUCCCGGCAAGGAGUGUGCUGCGCUCUUCCAGCAGCACCAUACUUGGAUCGAUAGCCUCCUGAGACUGUCCAAGGCCGAAAAGGGCAUCCAGGGCAUGAGAGAGGUUGUCCGAUACACCAAGGAAGCUCUCAGGAGCGCCCAGUGAAGGACAAUUGCUCGGUUGCUAUCUCAAACUUGCGCAUGUACCACUUUGCUUUCCCCUAUUCCCACUCCACUCCACUCCACCACCCCAGUCCCCCUCGCACUUGACUUGCCCACUCCCCCCCCCUUUCUGCGAUGAAUUUCUAUUGUUGAUCACAUCAUUCUCGUUGGUAGAAUACACACCACCCCCCAUUCCUAAUGCCCUCGCCCGAGUACACCAAAGUAUACUGAAUCGUCGUGCGUCGCUG